AUGUUAUCCAGUAAUGUAGUGUUGAGGAAAAGUUUGGCCAAGGUUUGCGGUAGCACCUGGUCCGUACGUUGGCGUAGUGUGCAGGCUCAACCGGCCAGCGUUUCGACGGACGAUGGAAUCGAUUCGGAAUGGGAGUCGGCUAAACCGUACAGCUCUAUACCCGGACCAAAUAUGUGGCAGCUAUUCAGAGGUUUCGCCAAGGGAGGCCGUUACGCCGAUAUGAGCCUUGUGGAGAUACACAAGCGAAUGCGGGACGACUAUGGACCGAUAUUUAAAAUGCCAGGCAUGAUGGGCAGGCGGGACAUAGUAAUGAGCUUCAAUCCGGACGAUUUUGAGAAAGUGUUCCGUACGGAGGGUGUGUGGCCGAAACGGCGAGGCUUGGAUUCGAUGACGUACUACCGGCAGAAGGUGCGCCCGGAAGUGUUUGGUGAAUUGGGUGGUCUGGUGUCGGAACAAGGUGAAAGCUGGCAGAAGAUGCGGACGAUCGUGAAUCCAGUCAUGAUGCAACCGAAAACGAUCAAGCUGUAUGUCGAUCAGGUGGAUGAGGUUGCACGGGAGUUUAUGACCAUUGUAAGUAAUUUACGCGACGCCAAGCAAGAGUUGCCGGCGAAUUUUGACGAAUGGAUCAACCGGUGGGCGCUGGAAACCAUGGGAGUACUAGCUCUAGACACGAGGCUAGGAGUUCUAAAGAAAGAUCAAACGGCAGAAGCGAAGAAAAUUUUAGCUUUGGUGCGUGCUAUUUUCGAUCUAAUGUACGAGGUAGAUGUUCUUCCAUCAAUGUGGAAAUACUACAAAACACCAGCCUUCAAUAAGUUGAUGAAAGUUUCCGAUGACCUGACGGAUACUAUUAUGGCCAAAAUCGAGGAUGCCGUGGUCAAAUUUGAGAACAACCCACCAUCGGAGGGUAACCAAAGUGUCCUCGAGAAGCUGUUGAAGAUCAACAAGCACGUGGCGGUGAUUAUGGCCCUGGAUAUGUUGAUGGCAGGGGUUGACACGACUUCCUCAGGAUCGAUGGGUAUUCUGUACUGUCUAGCAAAGAAUCCUGACAAGCAGACUAAGCUUCGCGAUGAGCUUCGUACAAUUCUGCCUCGGAAGGACUCUCCCCUGACGGCGGAGAAUAUGCGCAAUCUGCCAUAUCUGAGGGCUUGCAUUAAGGAAGGGUUGCGCCUGUUUCCGCCAACUUCAGGCAAUUUACGUGCGACGGGAAAAAACCUAGUUCUUCAGGGUUAUCGCAUUCCGAUGGGUACCGAUUUUGCUAUGGGAUCUUUGGUGCUACAGCACGAUGAAACGUUCUUCAAACGUGCGCAGGACUACUUGCCUGAACGUUGGCUCACGGAGCGCGAUGGGGACAUUCCGAGUGGUAAAGACACCAAUCCGUUUAUCUUCCUACCGUUUGGAUUCGGCUCGAGAAGCUGCAUCGGCAGACGGUUGGCCAUGAUGGAGAUGGAGGUGAUUACAGCGCGCCUCAUCAGACAGUACGAGACUCGGUGGAACUACGAAGACUUCAAAACUCGUGCUACGCUGAUCAAUAUUCCUGCGAAUCCGUUGCGUUUCGAGUUGAAGGAGCGUAUGCGUGAGGACUUUGGUGACCUUAUUCGUGUGGCGGGUAUGUUCGGACGAAAUGAUAUUAUUAUGACGUACAGACCAGAGGACAUCGAGAAGGUUUACCGCACCGAGGGUCAUUGGCCGAUACGGCGUGGUUUCGACAGUUUUACGUAUUAUCGGCAAAAGGUGCGACCGGACGUCUUCGGUGAAAUGGGAGGCCUGGUGACGGAACACGGGGAGAAAUGGCAAAAGAUGCGGACAAUCGUGAAUCCCGUGAUGAUGCAACCGAAAACGAUUAAACUGUACGUCGAUCAGGUGGAUGAGGUUGCUCGGGAGUUUAUGAACAUUGUUUCCCAAUUGAGAGACUCCAAAAACGAACUUCCGGCGGACUUUGAUCAGUGGCUAAAUCGGUGGGCGUUGGAGACUAUGGGAGUAUUGGCAUUGGAUACGAGGCUCGGGACGCUCAAGACGGACCAAUCUGAGGAAGCCAAAAAAAUCAUCGCGUUGGUGCGUGACGUGUUUGAUUUGACCUACAAGUUGGAUGUGGAGGUAUCGUUAUGGAAGUACUUCAAGACACCCACCUUUAAGAAGCUGAUGGCUGUGUUCGACGAACUUACGAACGUAAUCAUGGCCAAGAUUGAUGUUGCCGCAUCGAGAAUCCAGAACAGCCCAUCGCACGCUGAAAACCAGAGUGUCCUGGAGAAGUUGCUAAAAAUUGACAAACACGUCGCAAUGAUAAUGUCUUUCGAUAUGUUAAUGGCUGGAAUUGACACGACUUCUUCUGGCACGGUGGGAAUAUUGUACUGUCUAGCCAAGAAUCCGGAGAAACAGACGAAGCUGCGUGAGGAGCUGCGUACCAUCAUGCCGAAAAAGAACUCGCCACUGACACCGGAGAACAUGCGAAACCUGCCAUACCUGAGGGCAUGCAUUAAGGAGGGUUUGAGGCUGUACCAACCUAUAGCCGGUAACAUGCGCGCAACAGGACGUGACAUCGUGAUCCAAGGAUAUCAAAUUCCAAAGGAUACGGACAUUGCUAUGGGAACCGCACUUAUGCAACGUACCGAGCAACACUUCAAGCGAUCUAUGGAGUAUCUGCCCGAACGGUGGCUCACGGAGCGGCCGGAAGACGUUCCCAGUGGAAAGGACGCCAGUCCGUUUAUCUUCCUGCCGUUCGGGUUCGGUUCCAGGAGCUGCAUCGGCAAACGGUUGGCCAUGAUGGAGAUGGAGAUCAUAACGGCCCGAUUGGUGCGACAGUUUGAUAUGCGCUGGAACUACGACGAUCUGAAGUUCCGUACGGCGCUGAUUAACGUCGCCACCAAUCCGUUGCAGUUCGAGCUGAAGGAGUGGCGUCUGAAGGAAGUUAAAAUGUUGUCCAGUAAUGUAGUGUUGAGGAAAAGUUUGGCCAAGGUUUGCGGUAGCACCUGGUCCGUACGUUGGCGUAGUGUGCAGGCUCAACCGGCCAGCGUUUCCACGGACGAUGGAAUCGAUUCGGAAUGGGAGUCGGCUAAACCGUACAGCUCUAUACCCGGACCAAAUAUGUGGCAGCUAUUCAGAGGUUUCGCCAAGGGAGGCCGUUACGCCGACAUCAGCAUUUUGGAGAUGCACAAGCGAAUGCGGGACGACUAUGGACCGAUAUUUAAAAUGCCAGGCAUGAUGGGCAGGCGGGACAUGUUGUUAAGCUUCAAUCCGGACGAUUUUGAGAAAGUGUUCCGUACGGAGGGUGUGUGGCCGAUGCGGCGAGGCUUGGAUUCGAUGACGUACUACCGGCAGAAGGUGCGCCCGGAAGUGUUUGGUGAAUUGGGUGGUCUGGUGACGGAACAAGGUGAAAGCUGGCAGAAGAUGCGGACGAUCGUGAAUCCAGUCAUGAUGCAACCGAAAACGAUCAAGCUGUAUGUCGAUCAGGUGGAUGAGGUUGCACGGGAGUUUAUGACCAUUGUAAGUAAUUUACGCGACGCCAAGCAAGAGUUGCCGGCGAAUUUUGACGAAUGGAUCAACCGGUGGGCGCUAGAAACCAUGGGAGUACUAGCCCUAGACACGAGGCUAGGAGUUCUAAAGAAAGAUCAAACGGCAGAAGCGAAGAAAAUUUUAGCUUUGGUGCGUGCUAUUUUCGAUGGUGCAUACGAGGUAGAUGUUCUUCCAUCAAUGUGGAGGUACUACAAAACACCAGCCUUCAAUAAGUUAAUGAAAGUUUUCGAUGAACUGACAGAUACUAUUAUGGCCAAAAUCGAGGAUGCCGUGGUCAAAUUUGAGAACAACCCACCAUCGGAGGGUAACCAAAGUGUCCUCGAGAAGCUGUUGAAGAUCAACAAGCACGUGGCGGUGAUUAUGGCCCUGGAUAUGUUGAUGGCAGGGGUUGACACGACUUCCUCAGGAUCGAUGGGUAUUCUGUACUGUCUAGCAAAGAAUCCUGACAAGCAGACUAAGCUUCGCGAUGAGCUUCGUACAAUUCUGCCUCGGAAGGACUCUCCCCUGACGGCGGAGAAUAUGCGCAAUCUGCCAUAUCUGAGGGCUUGCAUUAAGGAAGGAUUGCGCCUGUUUCCGCCAACUUCAGGCAAUUUACGUGCAACGGGAAGAAACCUAGUCCUUCAGGGUUAUCGCAUUCCGAUGGGUACCGAUUUUGCGAUGGGAACUAUGGUGCUACAGCACGAUGAAACGUUCUUCAAACGUGCGCAGGACUACCUGCCUGAACGUUGGCUUACCGAGCGCGAUACGGACAUUCCGAAUGGUAAAGACACCAAUCCGUUCAUCUUCCUACCGUUCGGAUUCGGCUCGAGAAGCUGCAUCGGCAAACGGUUAGCCAUGAUGGAGAUGGAGGUGAUUAUUGCGCGCCUCGUCCGACAGUACGAGACUCGGUGGAACUACGAAGACCUCAAAACUCGUGCUACGCUGAUCAAUAUUCCUGCGAAUCCGUUGCGUUUCGAGUUGAAGGAGUUAAUUAAAGGAUUCAAAAAAGGAGGUCGCUACGCCGACAUUAGCAUUACGGAAAUGCACAAACGAUGGCGUGAGGACUUUGGCAAUCUAAUUCGAGCUCGCCAGAUGUUGGGUAAGCCGGAUGUCAUUUUGAGCUUCGGUCCGGAGGACUACGAAAAACUGUACCGCUCGGAGGGUGUGUGGCCGUUUCGCCGAACGCUGGACACUAUUGCGUACUACCGGCAGAAAGUGCGACCGGAAAUCUUUGGAAAAGGGGGAGGAUUAACUACGGUAAUUGCCGACCUGCGGGAUGUGAAACAUGAAUUGCCCGAUGAUUUCGACCAGUGGCUCAAUCGGUGGUCCCUCGAGACGAUGGGGGUGUUGGCGCUGAACACCCGCUUUGGAAUGCUCAAAGCUGAGGCGGCGGAAGAGGUUAAGGCCAUCAUUACGAUGGUUCGGGACAUUGCCGACCUCACUUACCGGUUGGAUAUAGAGCCUUCAAUUUGGAAGUUUUACAAAACGGCUACCUUCAAAAAGCUGAUGAAGCUAAACGAUGACUUUACUAAUGUGAUUAUGGCAAAAGUCGACGAAGCCAUUGUGAAGUACGAAAAACAUCCGACAGCGGAUGGGGGAGGUCAAAGUGUUCUGGAAAAAUUGCUAAACGUCAACAAGAAUGUGGCAGUUGUGAUGUCUUUGGAUUUAAUUUCCGCUGGGGUGGAUACGACAUCAUCAGCAGUUAGUGGUGUUUUGUAUUGCCUGGCGAAAGACCCCACGCGACAGGCUCGAUUGCGUGCAGAACUCAAGACAAUUCUACCACAUAAAGAUUCACCUUUGACGGGAGAAAACAUGCGCAACCUUCCAUAUCUGAGGGCAUGCAUUAAGGAAGGGUUAAGGCUGUACCAACCAACCAUUGGGAACAUUCGAACCACCGCCCGAGAUCUCGUCCUUCAAGGAUAUCAGAUCCCUAAGGGAACUGAUGUGGCAAUGUUGGCUCCUAUUCUGCAGCGGGAUCAAACUUACUUCCCCCAGCCGGAAGCCUACUUACCGGAACGCUGGCUCUCGGAAAGAUCUGAAGGCGUACCCAGCGCAAAGGAUUCACAUCCAUUCAUAUUCCUUCCGUUCGGCUUCGGAGCAAGAAGUUGCAUCGGCAAGCGAAUGGCCAUGCUGGAGAUAGAAAUCAUUGUGGCGCGAAUCGUUCGACAGUUUGAACUGCGCUGGAACUAUGAGGACCUCAAGAUGACGACUCGGCUGAUCAGUGUUCCAGCCAAUCCACUAAAGAUAAAACCAAAAAAAUCAAGGAACACCAUCGCUCGAAAAACUGCCACCGAAUUGUCCGGCGGUUUUCGCGAACUUCGGUUCGUAUGA